CCGCGAGUCCGACCGGACACUGCCUCGCCCCUACCGCCGCAGAGAUGCUCCAGGGCUUCCGCAGAGGCCGCCGGGGCCAGUUCAAACACAUCGCCCAUGGCCUUCUUCCUGCCGCCAGCAUCGCUCCCAAGGCAGCCGUGCCCCGCACACCACCCCCCCGCAGCCCCAACCCGUCUCCAGAGAGACCCAGGUCGGCGCUCGCCGCAGCCAUCCUCGCCACGACGUUGACUGGCCGGACUGUGGCCAUUCCUCAGCCGCGCCGGAGGUCCCAGUCCGAGGGGGACACAACCUAUGCUGACCAGGAUGGUCUCAUCCACCCCUACGCCACCAUUGCCGAGCUGAGGCCUCAGCAGGGCUGGCAGAACGAGGCAGGGCGAAGGUCUUCCUUGCUGUCCUUCUCAGCACUGGACUACGCAGAGGACGACUCCAGCUCGCAGCUGUGCUCCAGCCACGAGGAGUUGGGGCCCGGGGGCGCUCACCCAGCCAAAGGGGCCCGGGGCGCUGCCGUGUAUGCCCUGCCCUGCCGCAACCAGGUUCCAUUGUCACAUGAGGUAGAUAGAGAAGAAGAGGAAAAUUUCUCGAAGCAUGAUGGAUGCCGAGGUUCCCCGCCUGCAUCAGAGCGCACGCAGGAGAAAGAUGAUAAACAUGUUCUAAACUUGAAGGAUGAGAAGCCACCGCUUUGUGAAAAGCCUCCCCCCUCCCCAGAUGUAUCUGGUAGAGCACGUCAGAGGGGUCUGGAAAUCACCAGAGAGAAGUUCCAGGACUUAAAAGAAGAAAAUGGGUUUUUAAGCGACAAAAAUCGAACCCUUGCUUUUGAACUUAAAAUGGUGAAACAAACAGUGAAAGACCUCCACUCACAGCUCAAGAGGGUGGAAAAAGAAAACCAGAAACUGAAAGAGGCCCUGCCAGUGUCCUCCCCGGAAGUAAUGCCUGAAUUAUUUAAUCUGAGAAAGCAUGCUCAAGAACUGGUGGAUGAGAAUGAUGGGUUGAAAAUGACCGUCCAUCGUUUGAAUGCAGAACUGAGUAGAUACCAAACAAAAUUCAGACAUCUGUCCAAGGAAGAGAGUCUGACUAUUGAGGGGCUCCCCUCAGAAGGGCCCACCCCACCCUGGUUGCUGGACGUGAAGUACCUGUCUCCCUUGCUGCUGGCCUACGAGGACAGGAUGAAGGAGAAGGACGAGCUCAGCGCCACCCUUCAGGAAGAAAUGAAGAUGUUCAGGUUACGAGUCCAAGAAGUGGUGAAAGAGAAUGAAGAUUUGCACCAGAAGUUAAAGAAGAGUGACCCUGUUAACAGCGAGAAAUGGCACCAGCUUCAGACCCAGGCAGAACUGCUCUCAAAGGAAAACAAGUUGCUGACGGAACAGUUGGAGGUUCAGAGAAAAAAAGCCAAGGACGCCCAUCAGGAGCACCUCGAGGAAGUUUCUCAGCUGAAGAAACAGCUCACGCUUCUGGAGACUAUCACACAGAGCCAAGAGAGGGAGCUGAGCGAGAGUAAGAAGCAGCUGGAAGCUUUACGUCUGGAAUGCCAGGAAUUAAGAACACAACUGGAUGGCAAAAUCGCCCUGAAUGUUCAUGCUUCCAUUGUAAACGAAUUAGAAAGCCAUUUGCAGAAGGAAGAAGAGCGAGAGAGCGCAGAGAUGGACAAGUUGAUGGAGAAGCUGACCAGCCUGCAGUUGGAGAAUAAGAGCCUGCUGAUGGAGAAGGACAAUCUGACGGCCACGAGCCGAGCUCUGCGGGAGGAGCUGGGGCAGACGCAGAGGAGAUGCAGGAGAUCUGAAAAGAAAAUGGAAGUUCUCAAAAAGCAGGUAGAAAAAAGCAUGGAGAAGGAAAUGUCUGCUCACCAGUAUCUGGCAGAUCUUGUUGGCCUGGCAGAGACUAUAACCCAGGAACGUGAUCUUCUUAUAUGUUUGGCUAAAUGUUUAGAAAGUGAGAAGUGUGGAAUCCUCAACAGAAUCUUAGAAGGGAAUGUGCGCUUGGGAAGACUAGAGGAGAAGGUCAAGGGGUACAGGAAGCGGACGGCCCUGAAGGUGGGGGACAUCAGUCACCGCCUGACAGAGCAGCAGGAGGACUUCAGUAGCAGGACGGCCCAGUACCAGCAGGAGAUGAGGCACCUCCAACGGGUUCUGCAGGACAAGCAGGAGGUCCUGGAUGCGGCCCUGCAGCAGAAAAGAGAUAUGGAAGGUGAACUUGAGGUUGUUUGGGAGGCCACCUCCAAGGAAAACCUGAGAAUCCGGAAGCUUCUCCAGGAUGCACUGGAGAGGAGAAGCCUGUGGGACAGCCAAGCUCUGGAGGUACUCUGCGCCGAGAGCCUUUCUCCAGGAGACCAGCUGGACGGCUUCGGCUUUAGCUACUGCGACAUGAAGCCACCUCCUGCCCUGCCACUAGGACCCGUAGACUCUCCAGGGCGAGAGGCUCUGGCCUGAGACUCCCCUGGGCUAACCCAGGACAGGAUGCGGCAAGCUUCCCCCACCUCUGGGCAAGGAAGAAAUAAACCGUUUUGAAACUCA